AUGCGACGAACCCUAGUUAGUAGAAAGGCCCGGAAGCGGAGGAUCGCUGAAAAUGCAGAAAUGAACGGCGAAAACUAUUAUAACCGCCAAAUCGUCGUCAAAGUCGAUGUCCCUCCCAUUGGCAGCACCACCCCCGACCAAAAGGCUGCCGAAAUCACCGCCGCGCCCACGGCAGGCCCUAGGUUACUACCGACAAAUGACGACGGCUAUCUGCGAAAUCCAUCCCCCAAUAGCGACCCCCCUCCUGGCACUGCAGGAUACCCCCGACCGCCUCCUGGCUCUGACGGAUUCGCUAUUUCGCAGGACCCUUACGGCCCGCCCCCUUCCGUACGAUCCGACCCCAAUCUACGAACGCAGUUCUCAGAUACAAGCAUGCGAUCCAACAGGAGCGACGGCCCGGUCUAUCCGCCAAGGGCUCGUGGUGGGUACCCUCCAAGAGGCAGAGGUCGGCCAUAUGGUGGCCCUCGUGGAUUUCCGCCUGGUGGGGAUAGCAGGGGAGGACACCGUUUUGGACCACCAAGAAGAGCGCGGGGAGGGCCGCCACCCGGGUAUCCACCGAGAAAUAGAGGUUAUACCCCGAAUGGUUAUGCUGGAUACGGUCCGGGUCCGGGUUUCGGCGCCAGAGAUAACCCAAUGAUGAAUAAUGGCAACCCACGAGAUCGGGAUAUCGAGCUACAGGCAUCCUCAGGUGCCGCUCGACUAGCGUCCGGCAAGACAGGCAAUAUUACUGGACCAGAUUUUGAGCCGCGAGGCGCAGAAAAUCCCAAAAGCCCAACGAGCGUUUAUAGUAUGGACGCUUCCUACGUUCCACCGAGAAGUAAUUGGAAUCCACAGGAAUACCCUAUUCGCGAGUUGCCUACCGAACAAAUCCCUCCUAUAAGCCCUCUCGGGCCUAACACCCAACCACGCGAUAUGACUCGCUCUCCUCCAGCCCUUCGACCUCACCCGCCUAGCAGCUAUUACGAAGAUCUAGAACCUCGGUUUGCGCUUCCAAUAACCGGAGUUGAGUCCACCGAUGUUCCCUCAGCGUUGGUACCAGGCUCUUCUGGUGAGCCCCUCACGCGAAGCUCCUACGAUGACUUCCCUGUUGGUCCACGCUCACCCGCAGCUAGCGAAACCAGCCAUUUCACCUCCAUUUCGCAACGCGGUAUAAACCCCAAAUGGCGACCGCCAGAGUCAGAAACCCCAAAGGCAAAAUUACAGCAGCGUCAGGAUGUCCUGUUAAAUAGCAAUCCUGACUUUGCCCUCCCAGCUGGCAGAGUACGCGCCAACACUGUAGCCGGCGGCAGGAUGCCACCGCCACCGCCAAUGCCGACCAUACCAGGCACACCAACAGGAAUUAGAAAUGAAGGCAAGUUUCAAUUCUAA